UCCAACAGUGUGUCCUCCGCGGCCGGGAUUACUGUUUCCUCUCCGUCUGAACAGACCUGCUCUCUCAAUGAAGCUUGGUUCUUCUCCGUGAUUUCUUCGCCAUGAGCUGCUUGGAUGUGAUGUACCAAGUGUUUGGUCCUCAGCCUUAUUUCAGCUCCUACAGCCCCUAUCACCACCAGAAACUGGCCUUGUAUUCCAAAAUGCAAGAUCCCCAGGACAGCGGCAGCCGGCUUGGCCCCCCGGGGCCCCCGGCGAUAAAAGAAGAGGACAAGGAGCUGCCGCCGGGCGCCGAGUACCUGAGCUCCCGCUGCGUCCUCUUCACUUACUUCCAGGGCGACAUCAGCGCCGUGGUGGACGAACACUUCAGCCGAGCGCUCAGCCAGACGACUGCAUACCCUGCCUCGAGCAGCCACAAGGCCGUAAGAGAUGGAUCAUUCCCCAUGAGCCAGCGAAGUUUCCCUCCUUCUUUCUGGAACAGCUCCUACCAGCCGUCGGUCUCCUCCACCCUGGGCAGCGCUCUGUCAGCUCCCCACACAGAGCUCUCCUUCCCUGGGGACCCAUACUCCUCCGCCUCCCUGCACAGUCACCUCCACCAGCCCAGCCCUGAGGCCUGGCACCCAUCCCACCACCACCACCAUCACCACCACCCUUACUCACUAGGGGGCGCCAUAAGCACCCAGGGCUCAGCAUACCCGCGUCCGGGGGUUCACGAGAUGUACGGCACAGCUUUUGACCCGCGCUACGGCUCAUUGUUGGUGCCGUCAGUGAGGCCUCACCAUCGGCUGACGUCCAGCAGCUCGGUACCGGGACCCAGCGCCUCACCCUGUGACCUCAGGGGGAAGGGGGAGUCGGGGACGGGGUCGACCUGGAGCGGCGCCUUCACUGGAGCUGGAGCAGAAAUUGGACUCAACAUGGACACAGGUCUACAGGCACAGGAUAAGAGCAAGGAUUUGUAUUGGUUUUAGAGACUCCUGAAACUCUCCCCCACUUCUCUCCUACUUCAGCUGUAGCCUCUUUUCCUCCGGUCCUGCUCUGCUAUGUUGCUCUGCUGCUGUUGUGGGAUGACUGACAGAGACACUGACGGCAGUUUUGUGCUGUAACGGCUUCUGGUCUACUUGCAGCUCUGUGUUAUGGUGGACUGUGCAGCAGCAGCAGCGCAGCCCUGCUGAGCUGAACGCCGACAGUGUGGAUACAAAGCGAGCGCGGAAACAAAAGUGGACUCGCAGAGAGGAGCGAGAGAAUUUGAUCUUGACGGAUGUGGACAAAGACGAGACUCUUUGUGCUACUGUAACAGGCAGGGACAACAUUCCUAAACUGGAAAAAGUCUGGGGACAGACGGACAGAGACACAUGUGUUGUCAAACUCCAAAGACAAGCGCUUGAAGGACUUGGCAGGACUUGCCUCGCUGGGACAACUGGGCUGCAGACACUGGGAGUGUGUUAUGGCUGGAGGAAAGGCCAUGUUGGUGUUGAGGAGGCCACAGAGCAAAAAUUUGGCAGACGGCGAAGGCAGGAGUCGCCCAAACACUUUGGUUUACAUGGAGCAUUGGUUCAGUGUCAUCCCAGAUUUGUCAUUAUGUUAUGGCACAGUGAAAAUUAAACAGAUGUGCGUGGUUAUCAAAUGACGUCAAAAGAUAUUCACGUCACAGUUUCACAAAGUGUUUCAAACAGCAGCUACAAACAAAUCUGG